CAUUACAUUACUCUUAGAAAGCUUACUUGUAACAUAACAUAUUGUUUAUUGUAAAUGGCUGAGAUUGACGUUGAAAGUUUGUUUAACUAUGCGGUGAAGGGGCAGUGGAGAGAGGCAUUAGAUGCCUACAACAAAAACCCGGAAACAUUGGAAGCUAAGAUCACAAAAGUGGAAGACACAGUGCUACACGUUGCUGUGCAUGUAGGCCAAACUUGCUUUGUGAAGAGUGUGUUAGAUAACAUCGACAAAGAGGUGUCUCUCAACAUCUUAUGCAUGCAAAACUCAAAGGGUAACACUCCCUUGCACCUUUCAGCACAGCUUGGGAACGUGGAAUUGUGCCACAACAUGGCCAAAAGGGACCCCAAACUCGUUUGUUUUCGCAACGUUGAAGGUGAGACCCCUCUUUUCUUGGCAGCUGUUCAUGGCAAGAGAGAGGCUUUCUUUUGUCUCCAUGAAAACCAACAAAGAAGACGUGAUGAUGAGGAGGAUGGCUCGUUGUUGGUUAGGAAAAGCAACGGGGAUACCAUUCUUCAUUCUACCAUCGUUAGUGAAUACUUUGGUUUGGCGCUUCAAAUAAUAGAGUUGUACCCAAACCUUGUGAAUUCUGUAAACCAGGACGGGUUAUCACCUCUGCAGAUUCUUGCAGCGAAGCCUAAUUGUUUCAAAAGCAGCACGCGGAUGGAGUUACUUCAGAGUAUUAUUUACAAGUGUUCGAUUGUUGAUGAGAUUGAGGAAACAUAUGAUAUACGUUGUAAUGAAGCAGACACAACUCAUCACUACCCUAUGAACUAUGAAACAUGCGCCACCUUCUUAUCAUUGUUGAAGAGUACUUCAAUUCGAAAAGAUGACAACGCUGCAAGCAAUGAUGAAGAGAAUAAUGUCUCCCGAAAAUCUGAGGAAGAACAAGCAAAGAAAUUGGAAAAGAAACGCUACCUGUUCCCUCCCAAUUGGGGAGCAACGAUCCAAUUCCUAACCCAUAUGAUGAAGAUCUUGCUAAUCAUUUGCGGUUUUGGAGCAUCUUGGAUAGGGAAAAUCCAACGAAAGAAGGUGAAACACAUUCUAGCCAAGCAAGUGAUGAAUGAACUAAUUCAGCGAACUUGUUCUUCUUCCCUGUACAAGCAUGACCACACUGGAACAAGUAACAUAAAUAGUAGUACUAGUAGUAAUAAUCAAAGUAAGGAGAAAGGAUGUUAUCAGAAAAUAAGAAGAACAGAUUCACCUAUUUUGAUUGCAGCAAAGAUGGGAGUGGCAGAGAUGGUUGAGAAGAUUCUUGAGACAGACCCAGUGGCAAUCCAUGACGUGGACGCUGAUAACAAGAAUGUUGUUCUUCUGGCCAUAGAGAACAGGCAACCUCAUGUUUACAGCUUGUUGAAUGAGAGGAGCAUGAUUAAAGAGACUGCAUUUCGUCAAGUGGAUAACCAAGGGAACAGUGCUUUGCAUCUUGCUGCCACCUAUAGGAGUUAUAAGCCAUGGCGUAUCCCUGGUGCUGCAAUGCAAAUGCAGUGGGAAUACAAGUGGUAUAAGCUAGUUAAGAACUCCAUGCCACCAAAUUUCUAUGAACGUUACAACGAGAACGGGCAAACAGCGAAGCAGGUAUUCAUAAGUACACACGAGAGACUCGCAAAAGAAGGUGGUAAAUGGCUGUCCAAAACCUCAGAAUCAUGCUCGUUGGUAGCAGCACUUGUUGCAACCGUUGCAUUCACAACCUCAACAGCUGUACCAGGCGGUCCGAAUCAAAACACAGGUUAUCCAUUGUUUCAAGGAAGACUGGCUUUCAACAUCUUCGCCAUAGCAUCACUUGUUGCCCUUUGUUCCUCUGUCACUGCCCUUGUUUUGUUCCUCUCAAUACUCACAUCUCGGUUCCAAGAAAAGGAUUUCGCAAUGGACUUGCCGAGAAAGCUUCUUCUGGGAUUGACCACACUCUUCACAUCUAUAGCAUCUGUCUUGGUCUCAUUCUGUGCAGGACAUUUCUUCAUAGUUGAAGACGAGCUGAAGUUUGCAGUUUAUCCCAUAUAUGCUGCUACGUGUUUGCCUGUGUCACUUUUUGCAUUUGUUCAACUUCCUCUCUACUUUGAUCUCUCCUUGGCUAUGAUAAGGAAGGUUCCUCAGCGCAGCUAUAAAGUGCUCUCUCACGAAUCACAUCAUCAUUAGCUCAAGUUGUUGUCCAUUAAUAUUACACUUUUGCCCUACUCAUUUCCUUGUUUAAGAACUUUUUUGUUGAGCUCAUUUCCAUGUUAAUAAGCAAUUAUCAUAGGCACCUUUGUAGGGAACUAUACAAUUUGUACAUUUCAUUUCACACCAUUUAUCUGUCUAUUUGUUUAUAAUAUAUUAACUUAAAAUGUGAGUUGUUAAUCACUUUUCUGCCAGUUCCCAAGUUUUUAUGG